CUCUCUCUCUCACUCAUCGUCUCAUCUUCUCUCACUAAAAUAACCCAAACAAUUCUCUCGUUUCAACUUCAAUUUCUCGCAACAAUGAAGAAGCUCAUGAGGAGACUAUCCAAAGUUGCUGAUUCUUCGCAGUACCGCCUGCUGAGGUCCGAAUCUAGGGGGUCGGCGAGGCCGAUCCUAUCGGUGUCGUUCAGGAAGAGGUCCGGCGGCGUUCCGGGGGGACACUUGCCGGUGUAUGUCGGCGAGGAGAUGGAGAGGUUCGUCGUGAGUGCCGAGUUGCUAAACCACCCGAUCUUCGUGAAGCUGCUGAACAAAUCGGCGCAGGAGUACGGUUACGAGCAGAAAGGUGUGUUGCGGAUCCCCUGCCACGUUUUCCUCUUCGAGCGCGUGCUUGAGACGCUCCGCAUCGGCGGCGAGGCUCGUGACUUGCAGGAAAUCCUCAACACGCUGUGCGAUGAGUUGUGAUGGAUAAACGACGCCGUGUUCGGGUCAGUGAACGGACGUCAUUGAUUAGACAAGGAGUAGAGAGAUAAUCGCUACAGCUUUUAGAUCAGCGUUUUUGUGUCUAAUUUUCCUUUUUCAUUUUUUUCCUUCUCCGAUGUAAAUACUUUGUGUUGAACAGAGUGGAGGAGUGGAAAGAAUUAGGGUGUGAUGAAGGUGUUUUUGCCGCCGAGUCAUGAUGUAGAAAGUGAAAGCAAACGUUAAAAUAGAGAAUUAUUUAUGCUAUAUGUGGAGUAACCUUUUCAUC